AUGACCGGCGUUUCAGGAGGCACCGCUACACAUCCGGAAUUCGUCGUCACCGUCACCGACACCGACGGACCGGCUAAGCCGCACAGCCCCAGCCCAAAUGAAAGGAGCACCUUCAAUGGCAACGACACUAGUUUAUUACCAUCUAACAAGGGAAACAUUCCCCUUCGCCGGUUUCUCAGACAACACGAAAUCUCCCAUCAUGGCCAGCGGCAUUACUGGACAGACAAGUUGAUACGCCACCUCAUGACCAGGGAACAAGUCGAAAAUGAACUAAGCCGGAGCGAAUAUAAUAAAAUCAAGGACCAGGCGAAGAAGGCCUACGUCGACAUCGUUUGCCCACCAGAAGGCAGCUCAACAUCUGAAACGUAUUUCAAGAUAUUUGCAAUCUUGGUUCUAAUCGAACAGGUGGAAGCCUUUGACGGUUUUGUUCGAGAUCGCGUCUGCGACCAGAGCUUACCUCUUGUGCCCAUGAAAGGUCCAUGUGGGGAAGAGGAACUCUGUCUCGAAGCAAAUCCUGAGAGCCCUCUCAACUGUUGUACAAAAUGGAAGGACUCUGAUAAGAUAGCCUUCGAGAGGACUCAGUGGGGGGUUUUGACUCCAUACUUCGACUUGAAGAAAGAUGGGUCAUGCAAAGAGUUCGAUCUCAGACCGGACACAAUCCUCCCAUGGAAAGUCUUGCCGGGCGACGUUAUGUCCGGCGCAUAUGGGGAUGUUUAUCGAGUCGAAAUUCACCCAACAAGCCAUGGGUUCAGCCAAGUCCUGAGAGGUAUGAAAUUAAGCGAGAGCAUUUUAGCUAUCAAGAAGCCGCAUAAGAAGAAUGAAGAUCACUUCCGUAGAGAAUUCGAGCACCUCCAGCGGUUCAGCGGUCGUCAGAACCCGCAUCUGGUGACUACAUUGGGGGCUUUCAAGUUUCAGGACCGGUGGAACUUCAUCUUCCCAAGCGCCGAUUACGAUCUUGACACCUACAUGAGCGAGAAGCAUCCAGCGCCGCCUCCGUGGGAAUGGGACACUGUCUGCUGGGCUUCCGAGCAGCUCCACGGGCUCAUGGGUGCUCUGGACACGAUCCAUAAUCCCGUACAUCUCCAUCACAAUCCGGUCAAGCUAUACGGGAGGCAUGGUGACCUUAAACUUGACAAUGUUCUUUGCUUCCAGUCCUCCGCAACGAAGUGGAAGAUGUUAGUAAUCACCGACUUCGGCCAUUCCGCCUCACAUCGCGACACGAGCCGAUCCAACAUUCCCGGUAAGGAGGUUCCCGGUGUGCCCGGUUAUCGGCCCCCUGAAUGCGAUAUCGAAGGAGGCACUGUAUCUAGGGCCUUCGACAUAUGGACUCUGGGGUGCCUAUUUCUAGAGUUUGUGACUUGGCUUCUCGGGGGCAAGGAACUUGUCGAGUGGUUCAAUGAGAAGAGGACAACUCUAUUCUAUACGGGGAUAAAGAACAACGUGUUCUAUCAACUAAGGAGGGCCGACGAAGGCGGAACUACCUAUGUGGUGCAAGUUAAGCCCGAGGUGACGGAGUGGAUUGGAAACUUACGCAACCAUCAAAAUUGCUCCCGCUUCAUUCACGAUAUACUGUCCCUCAUAGAAAUGGAAAUGAUCGUCGUUCUCGAAGCGAACCGACAACGGUCUUCCUCUGGUAUGCUGCAAAUGAGGCUACAAGAAAUUCGACAGAGGUGUGAAAACGACAAGGCAUAUGCCCUGAAUGGUUGUCCCGAGCUUAAAGGCCCUGAAUAUGGGCCGGCCGUCGAGGUCACACUGAAUGAGAUGGCUAGGCAUUUGAUCGGUGAUUAUGGCUCUGCUCUACCACUUCAUGAAGGACUCGCGAAUAGGGCCAUGUCGGAGAUGCAACUGCGCGAUCUAGGAGACAGUUGA